AUGAAUCACAAGGAACUGCAAGAAUUGGGCUAUGUUAUUUAUGGAGGUUACCCCGGAUCCUACCCCCAAUCUCAACCGAGUGUCCCACCAGAAAUUCAACAAUGGUUUAACGCAGUCGACCGAGACAGAUCAGGAAAAAUAACCGCGAAGGAAUUACAAUCCGCUUUGGUUAAUGGAAAAGGCCAAAAUUUUUCUGAUAAUGCUUGCCAGCUUAUGAUUGGUAUGUUUGAUUUGGACAAGACGGGUACAAUAGAUAUAUAUGAAUUUGAAAAAUUAUAUGCUUAUAUAAAUCAGUGGCUGACUGUUUUUAAAACUUAUGAUCGGGACCAUUCGGGACACAUAGAAAAAGAAGAAUUGAGCCAAGCACUUACCCAAAUGGGAUUUCGAUUUUCGGACCAAUUCAUAACAUUCCUAGUUAACAAGAGUGACGUACAGAACCACAAAGAGGUUUCCGUUGACCAGUUCAUUGUCAUGUGUGUACAAAUACAGAGGUUCACAGAAGCAUUCAGACAACGAGAUUCCCAACAAACAGGAACCAUAACAAUAGCUUUCGAAGAUUUUCUCAAUGUUGCUUUAAGUUGUUCUAUUAAAAAAAAAAUCAUUCUUCAUCAUAUGGCGCCCUCUAUGUCCAAAUGA